CGCCCGCCACCCGCAGCCUGCAGCCGCUGCCCACUUUACGCCCGCCUGGCCUGCAUGGGAAGUUGGGGAAAAUGGAUAGCGUCGUGUUGGGGUGGCGUGCUCUCUUCUGGCUAGCAGCCAUGGUUGAAGGUCUUCAGGUCACAGUGCCUGACAAGAAGAAGGUGGCUAUGCUCUUCCAGCCCACUGUACUUCGCUGCCACUUCUCCACAUCCUCGCAUCAGCCUGCAGUCGUUCAAUGGAAGUUCAAGUCCUACUGCCAGGAUCGCAUGGGGGAGUCCCUGGGCAUGUCCUCUACCCGAAUCCAGUCUCUCAGCAAGAGAAACCUGGAGUGGGACCCGUACUUGGACUGUUUAGACAGCAGGAGGACUGUUCGGGUUGUGGCUUCAAAACAGGGCUCCACUGUUACGCUAGGAGAUUUCUACAGGGGCAGAGAGAUCACAAUUGUUCACGAUGCAGAUCUUCAAAUUGGAAAACUCAUGUGGGGAGACAGCGGACUCUAUUUCUGCAUCAUCACCACUCCUGAUGACCUGGAAGGCAAAAACGAGGACUCGGUGGAGCUGCUGGUGUUGGGCAGGACAGGGCUGCUUGCUGAUCUUUUGCCCAGUUUUGCUGUGGAGAUUAUGCCAGAGUGGGUGUUUGUUGGCCUGGUGCUCCUGGGAAUCUUCCUCUUCUUCGUCCUCGUGGGGAUCUGCUGGUGCCAGUGUUGUCCACACAGCUGCUGCUGCUAUGUCCGCUGCCCCUGCUGCCCGGACUCCUGUUGCUGCCCCCAGGCCUUGUAUGAAGCAGGGAAGGCAGCCAAGGCCGGGUACCCUCCCUCUGUCUCCGGUGUCCCUGGCCCUUACUCCAUCCCCUCUGUCCCUUUGGGAGGAGCCCCCUCAUCUGGCAUGCUGAUGGACAAGCUGCACCCACCUCCCUUGGCACCAAGUGACUCCACUGGAGGAAGCCACAGUGUUCGCAAAGGCUACCGGAUCCAAGCGGACAAAGAGAGAGACUCCAUGAAGGUCCUGUACUAUGUUGAGAAGGAGCUGGCCCAGUUUGAUCCAGCCAGGAGGAUGAGAGGCAGAUAUAACAACACCAUCUCUGAACUCAGCUCCCUGCAUGAGGAGGACAGCAGUUUCCGCCAGUCGUACCAUCAGAUGCGGAGCAAGCCAUUCCCUGUGUCUGGGGACCUGGAGAGCAAUCCUGACUACUGGUCAGGUGUCAUGGGAGGCAGCAGCGGGGCAACCCGGGGGCCCUCAGCUGUGGAAUACAACAAAGAGGACCGAGAAAGCUUCCGCCACAGCCAGCAGCGCUGCAAGUCCGAGAUGCUGUCCAGGAAGAGCUUCGCCGGGGGCGUGCCGGCGGUGUCCAUGGACGAGCUGGCAGCCUUCGCGGACUCCUACGGGCCGCGGCCUCGCCGAGCCGACGCCGGCAGCUUAGAGCCCCGCGGCGGCAGCCGCUUCGAGCGCUCCGAGUCGCGCGCACACGGGGGCUUCUACGCGGACGGCGCGCUCGAGUUCUUCGCGCCCGGGGACCGCGGCGCGCAGCUCGGCCCGCGCAGCGCCUCCUACUACGCCUGGUCGCCGCCCGCGCCCGACGACGAGGACGUGGCCGACGACGCGCUGCCGCCCUACAGCGAGCGCGAGCUGAGCCGCGGCCCGUCCUACCGCGCGCGCGAGCCGCCGUACCCCAGCAAUUCGGAGAGGCGCCGCAAGAAGGAGCCCGCCAAGAAGACGAACGACUUCCCAACUAGGAUGUCCCUUGUGGUCUGAUGUUUUUGAGAUAUCUCUCUGGAUGAUAAGAAAUGAGAUGCAGACUUCAGGGACAAGACACAAACCCAAAAGCCAGCAGGCCAGGGCUUUCUUUGAUGACCACCUUGGAAGUUUUGCUGAUCUCUUCUUUGGCAAAGGAUAGGAGGCAGCUAUGAAGGGAAGCUCAUUACAAAUCUCAGUGCCCAUCUAACUAGUUUGAGAAACUUAAGGUGAAAACAAUGCCAUGUGAGAACACCCCACCCACUGUUUAUGCUGUCUACCAUCCUUCCUUAGCAGAACUGGGAUUUUUGUUAGUCUCUGGACCACUAAUCUCUGGAAAUCAUGUAUGCCUACAGUAUAUCUCUGUGCUGUGCUGAGAGACACAGGAUUCAUUGCUGCAAUUAGAUGAGGGCCUGCUGCUUACAGGGGAAGAACGCUUGGAGGCCGAGCACACCUUCCAUCCCAUCACCUCCUGGUCACUGGUCAAUGACUGUUGUUACACUCAAAUCUGAAAGCCUUUGGUGCAUCCAGUGAUCACAGCCUCCUGGACAAUCACAGAAAUGGCUUCAGUCUGCUGUUCUGAGUUGCAACUCAAGUGGCUGGAACAAAGCAAGAAUAUACCAUUUUGAGAAGCAGUCUAAGCAGUAUUUGCUUUUCUAUUCUGAGGACAUAAACUGCUUUUCUUUUCCUACAAUACACGUCUGCAUCUGAGUCUUGAACCUUAAGGGCUCUUCUUUUCCUCGCCUCUCCAGGACUUCCUCCUGGUUGGUGCCACACACAGAGUCCCAACUCCAUCUGCACUCUGAUUACUUUGUCAUCAGGUGCCUUUUUAUAAAUGCUUAAAAUACAACACAUGGAAGAGGAACAAUUAAAAAAAGAAGAGAAAGCAGUAAUGCAAGAUAAAAAGAAUGACAAGAAAUUAAAAGGAAAAUACUAUAUAGUAUUACAUAUUUGAAAUGUGGGUCAUUUUCCCCAAAAUUCCCAGUCUUUUCUGGUUUUGUACUUCACUGCCCAUAAUUGUCUCUGCUAUCCUGGUUCUGCCAUUGCAGGACACAAGAGACGUGACGGCUGUACCUCUUGGGCUCACUGAGAAGUUCGUGGGAGAUGAAAAAGAUCCUGCUUUCUUGGAAGGAGCACUUCCUAUUCCUACCCUUGCCUAAAUGGUAGCUUCUGUCUAAGUUCCAAAGCUAGAGCUCUGGAUUUUGUAAUUUGUGUGUAUUACAGAAAUGGCCACAAACUUGCCCUCCUUGUUAAGUGGUGUUUUCCCCCCACCUUUUGAGCCAGAAGAUGGCCUUGUGAUUUGAUUUGGCCAAAUGGCCUAGCAGCAAACAUGAUGUAAACAGAGACUUGAAAAGUUCUUAUACAUGGGAUUUGUCUUCUCUUGCUGCUCUUGGGAACUUUGCAGUCACCACGUGGUGAAUGAGCUGGAACUGUCCUGCUGCAUGAUGAGAGAAAACUGCCUAGUUACCCUGCCCCUCUAUGUGAUAUUUUGUCCACUCUCAGCUGACUGUAGACAUGGGACAGUUCAGCCAAGAUCAAUAGAAAAGCUGCCUAGCUGAGCCCAGCCCAAACUGCUGAUUCCUACUCAAGGCAUGAGAUAUCAGCACACCCUAUGUGUUCUUUUCUGAUCAGGAUGUUCAGGCCUGAAUCUCUUAGUCCAUCAAGUCUCAGUGUCUUACAGCCUCCAGUUUCUUAACAUUUUAUUUCAUCUUUUUACCCUAUACUGUUACGAAUGGACACAUUGUCUAUCGGGUCAAAUCACUGGAGGGGGAGGAUGAACUGUUAUCUCCUAACCCAGCAAUGGUCCAUCCCUGUUCUUGGAUCCAUGUACAACCUCUGAAUGUUGAUCAGCAUCUCCCAGGCCUUCUCCAGCGCCAUCAGUCUAGACCUGCAGACUACCAUUCCAUUAGUAUCCGUUGUACUUUGUGGUGUUUCCAAAAAGCCCUAGGUGUUCAGUGUUACAAAUUAGUGGCUGGGUGAGGGUCAGAGAGAAGAGUUGGUAUAAUUGCUUGGAGAAUUGGCCUACUAAAGGCCUUUUUAAUUUUUUUGGCCUGUCUUAUGGAAACUAAAAGUACAGUUCAGCCCAGUGCUGGCACUUUGAAGGGCUUGAAGACACAAGCCAUAACCCUGGUGCUGAGUUUUAAGUGUGCUGGUGUCCCUGUUCUUAGAGAGUUGGUCUGUUUGGGCCCCAAUUCACAUGGAAAAUAUAAUAAACACAUCAUUUCUUAAGUCACCAGCUUUGGAUUUCAAAUUGCUCAGGCAAUUUUGGAGAAUAUUGGAUAGCUGCAGUCACUAUUACUGCUUUAUACUUCAGCACUGUGUCAGGCUUCUCACCACCAAAGAGCCCCAUAGCACCAGCUGCAGAGAGCGAACAUACUGCUUUUUAAAGUCAGGGUCAUGCAUCAUUAUGGUGAAGAUUGAGGGGAGCAAUGGGAAGAAUUAUUGAAAUUGGAGACUUGUAAUUCCCAAGAUAAUGAACAUAUAGACAAUAAAAAAGGACGAAGAUAGUAAGCUAUUAAAACAACCUGGGGUUGGACCAGCUUGUUUUCUGUAAGGCUAUGUAAAUUUCUUAGACUUGCAGGCCUUCAGUAGACAGAAAAAGUAGUUUUUUUCUGAGUAUGUGAACAGGACAUGAAACUGCACAGACAAGGCAAAGCUGACUGUCCUCAACACUGUUGACUUUUCACAUCUCUCUGCAUCUUUUUCCUUGAAUAAUGUGUCCUGCUUAGGAAGUGCCUAUACCUCUUAACUUCCUUUGUAGGCUUUCUUGAACUAUAAAAUAAGUCUUGUCUAAGUCAUGGUCUCUGUCCAUUGGGACCCUGUGACUUAAUAGGGGAAAUAAGACAUGCCCAAGAACAAACUAAGAGAUUCGUACGCAUAUAGGAAGUCAUGCUAUGGAUCAAUUAGAAUAAACCCAGAGAUUUAAAGGUUUUUAAAUUAAAUGGGAAUUUUUGAUACUUAAGUGUUACGUGUUUGUCCAUCCAUCCCAUUUGAAGAUAUGAUCAGUAAUCUGAAAAGCCAACCUAGAAGAGUCUGAGCUGGAAAGAAGUGAAUCAGGAUGCGGAAGGGUGAGUGGCAGGGAGCCUGGAGGGCUGGUGCAGAGCUGCUGUUUGCCUGUGAGUCACAGAGAUGAGUCAGGGAUGGGCUGGAGGAGGGAAUGUGGAAGCAGGUGGCAGGAGGUGUCCCUUGGUGGAUAAACUGCUUUUCUAGGCCGUGCAGGCAGUCAUUAGGAAGCGGAGGACAGUCGCCAUGGGCCUGGCAGUAGUGUCAGUUCUCCCACCUGAGCAGGCCGACAGAGCUGAGCAUCUGCCUAUCUAGGGUCUCCGUUCUGUGGUUGGGGGUGCUGCCGCCCCCCACCACCACUAAUGCAGGCAGCUUUCACAGAGGUGUCAGGGCUCUUGUUUCUCUUCUCAUGGUCCUCCCUCUGCACCUGGCAUGGGAUGGGCCCCCUAGGAUGGGAGGGUCUGCUACCCAAAUCCAAAGCACAGAGCCACAUCUGUCUACAUUUCUAGUAGUCUGAAAACUUCAUACACAUCACUUGCUUUUUCCUUAGGCUGCCUUUGAGAGAGGCCGAAGUUACAUUGUAACUCACCCUUAUGCUUUUUAAAAUGGAGAAACCAUCAUUCCCAUUAGUCAAAUCAUAAACCUAUUAGAUGUGUAGACUCCAAGACUAUAGGUCCUACAUCCUGGGUCAGUGUUGCCCCAAACUGCCCUACCUGUAAGAAUUAUUUGACUGCUGUUAUUUAAAUGGUACUAUUGAUAGUUUGGGGG